AUUGGUGAUCUUUCCCUGAAGCAUCAGGCGCUUUUCAUAGCAUCAUAGCACAGAGAGCACCACUAUUUGCGUGGCACUUGAGGCGUAUCAUUCGAGAAGUACGGGUGAAACAUGAUUCAGCUAGCCACUUUCUUGACUGCCUCCCUGUUGUUAGGCGUCGUUCAUGGCAAUGCAGGAACUAAGAAGAAGACAGGAUGUAACGAAGGCAAUACUGUAUCUCAGGUCCUCGCAGCAUUGCAGAAGGAGACGUAUUACCUCACGCGUACAACGAAUACUACGCGGGAGCCCUGUUACUUCCUGUCUAUUCAGGGGUUAAACGAAGAGUGCGUGUCCGGGACGCCAGUAACGUACGGAUACAAAGAAGGGAAAAAAUGGUUUAACGUAACAGAAGGGGUCACAGAGGAGAAAGGCGAGAAAAGCCAGAAAGAGCAUAGAUUUUCCUCGGGUCUUCGUGGGCCACUGAGCGGAAAGAAAGUAUCGGUUCAGGGCGAUAACUGUUUCGUCCUCCGUUUACAAGAUGAGAUUGAGCUAUGGGUCACGAAAGCUUUCGUUGACACCUCAACAUGCUGCAAAUCGACGUUCGAUAAGAUCACUAAAAACCAAAGAAGCCAGACGACAUACGAACCCGAUUUCUGCUGAGUGCGCCUUCAGUUGUAAACGUCUGCGACAAUGCAUCUCAAUAAAUUGUUUGAAAAUGUC